ACUGCAGUUAGGGAGCGUUGUAAUGAAACUUUUACCUGAGGGACCGAUGCAAUGCAUUCUAGUCAUUUGGUGAAGCUUGAGGUGUUCGUAUGUCUGCCAGUGAUUUUAGUGAGUGAUGUCCAGGCAAACUGAUUGUAACUGGUUGCUUGUGGAGUGGAAGAGCGGUGGCCGUGAUGUGGUGUAUGUGAGGUCUGUAGUGAGUCCUCUGAACAAGGAGCUGAAGCCUGGCGAUGUGAUGGUGGUGAACAGACGUGGUGAGCAGGAGUCGGCGACACUGGUGGCGCGCGCGCGUGAGCGUGAUGCCCUGGACUCCAUGAUAAAGAGAGAAGAAGCAGCAGGCCCCAGUGAGAAGCCUGAUGAGGAGCCCGAAGACUACGCCUCAAGCGCUUCGUCUUGGGCGCCCAGCGACGAUGGAGCCCAAUCUGGAGAUUCCGGUACUGAGAUGACCGACAAAAAAGUCAAAUUAGAUCGUUCCAGACGUCAGUAUACCAACAGACGAUCCAGUAAAAAGGUGAUAGUUCCCCGUCACAGAGCCAACCCUGUUAUACCAAAGAUGAUGAAGCAUGCCAACCUGAUAAACCGUAAAAGACAACACAACGGUACUCCAAAAGCAAUAGCUAUGCAAUCUAUGAACAAAUCUUCUCCGGACUCAACGAGGAAGAAUCUACAGAAGGGAAAUCCUCAAAAUGUAUCCAUCGAUGUACGUGAACUUAUCAAAAUAAAGAACAGCUUUAAAACAUUGUUCAAAAUGCUUGAGGAUAUGAAACGACCAGUAUCAAUGCUGGAUCAGACUUCAAAUGAAACUGUUACAGAAAAAAUAAACAAUACAAGCCAAUUUAAUCAAUCGAUGGAAGAAGAUAAAGAAGAAAUGAGCGAACAUGAAGAUUUCAAUCGCUCAGAUGAUAAUGUUCUUAUUACUAAUAAGUACAAUAAUGUUAAGGUGACAACAGCUAAAAACACAGGUCCGAAGGAUGAUGAAUGGGUACCGAUUGGGAGUGGAAAAACCUUGAUACAUAAAGACCAGUUCGUAAAGGUCAAUUGGAAAUCUUAUACGAUUGCUACGCGAACACUCCUCUUAGCUGUAUUUCCAAGAAGGAUACUGGCAACCCAUUCACUAACCGGGAAGAGAUCGCCAGCCUUCCAGGACAAGCCGGCUAAGAUGUGCUUGGACCCGAAGAUAAUAUCCGAUGUUAUAAUGGAAAUUAUGGACAGAUUUAAUGUGAGGGAAAAUCUAGUCAGAAGUAUUAUAACGACCAAAUGCGCUGACGAAUGUAAGAUGUGGAAGAAUAAAGUGAACAAGAAGAAACCUCGCAAUCAAGAGAACAUCCCGCCUUCCUCAAACAGUAUUAUAAAAGGGGAAAAAACUGAGAGUUGAAGGAUGGUACCUAAAUAAUGUUGAGUGAAUUGGCUGUGACUUUCUUUAGUUAUAGGGAAUAAUGUCCUUGUGAUGCUUACACACUUGUAAUGCAUCAGUUUUGUAAUAUAAUAUUUUUAUGAA